CUUCUUCUUGCCCCGCGACGACAAUUUCAACCUUCCUCGAUCUUCUCAACCCUUCCUCGAGUUCCUCAACCUCAUCGUACACUCUUCCCGACGCACCAACAAGCCGAGUCCAUCAUGAGACCCUCCCCGUGCCUCUACAAUUCUGCCGCUGCCCUUCGGAGGGUCUUCCUCGAAAGCGCCUCCGCUUCAGCACCCCUGCUGCUUCAGACGAUUUUACUUCCUCGCCUCUCAGUUGCCGCCGCGACUGCUACCAUCCUCAACCAGACACGAUGCCCAUUCUCGACUCAAGGAGCGCUCCAGGUGAAAUGGGGAAAACGAAAACCCGGUCAAGACGAGAAGAAGGACGCCGGCCUGCCCCGCGACCUGGCGAUUAAAGAACCCUGGGUAUACCUGCGCGGCCUCGACGGCAGGCUCACGGAGAAGCAACGGCCAGCGGACAUUAUCAACCGGCUGGAUCGCAUCCGAUACAGCUUGGCGAUGGUAUGGGCGCCGCCUAAGCCCACGCCCGGCGAGCCCGAGCCUGAGAAAGACGAAAACCUGCCCGACUGGCCCGUGUGCGUCAUCGUCGACCGCCGCGCCGAGGCCGCUGCUCUGCAGGCCAAGGCCAAGGAGGAACGCAGAAAGCAAGUGAGCAAGAAGGAGCUGGAGAUCAACUGGGCAAUUGCGGCGCACGACUUGGGAUUCCGCACACGGCAGCUCCAGAAUUUCUUGCGGAAGGGUCACAGGGUGGAAAUCAUGCUGCUGCAAAAGAAGGAUAAGAAGCAGAAGAAGACGGCGACGCAGGAGGAGUGCCAGGAAGUGGUGCGCAUGAUUAGAGAGGCGGUUGCCGAGGUACCCAAGGUUCAGGAGGUGAAGCCGAUGGAUGGACAGGUUGGGAAGGUGGUGAGGAUGGUUUUCCAAGGCCCUACGCCUAAGAAGAACAAGGAGGAUGCAGCGGCUGAGGAGGAGGAGAAGGAUGAGAAGGACGAAUAAGCGCCGUUGGAGAUGGCUAGCUUGUCGGAAUACGAGGUUAUAUGUUGGUUUGCUUGGGUUGUUAUAGAGGUCGUGCAAAGUGGGAGUAUGGCGCUUUCAGCGUGCAGCUCUCAGUGCUAUGUAAAUAUGUACAAGUAUGGACCGGAUCGAUGUGUUACAAUGCUAGAUGGAGAACGGAACUCAGGUCCGACGUCUGCGUAUUAAUUAAAAGAUAACAAACAGUUUACCGAUC